AUGUCUCUGCAACACACCCCCAUCGCUGAACUGGACUCGAUCUACGAGACGCUGCAAAAGACGUUCCGAGACGGGGUCGCACGGCCGCUCGAAUGGCGCAAGCACCAGCUGUACCAGCUCGCGCGGAUGGCGCAGGAAAAUUCAGACGCUUUUGCCGCCUCGAUGCACGCCGACCUCGGGAAGCCCGCUAUGGAGGCGAUCCUGGGCGAGAUCGGGCCCCUCGUAGAGCGCAGCAUCAUCAGCGCGCAGUCGCUGGACGAGUGGGCCAAGCCAGAGCCCGUGCCCGUCCCAGAGUGGCAGCAGCCAUGGGCACCCACGCUUCACAAGACGCCGAAGGGCGUGGUUCUUAUCAUCGCGCCAUGGAAUUAUCCCAUGAUCCUAUCUCUGCAACCCCUCAUGGGCGCCAUCGCGGCGGGUUGCCCAGCCGUCAUCAAGCCCUCUGAGGUUUGCCCAACCUACUCCUCCCUUCUCGCCUCGCUCCUCCCAAGAUACCUGGACCAAUCCGCGUAUCGCGUCGUCAACGGCAGCGUGCCAGAAGUAUCACAUCUGCUGAAGCUCAAAUGGGACCACAUCUUCUACACCGGGAACGGGAGUGUGGCGAGGAUCGUCUCAGCCGCAGCAGCGAAGCAUUUGACGCCGGUCACCCUCGAACUCGGCGGAAAGUCGCCCGUGCUCGUCGAUGCCAACUGCGACCUCAAGCUCGCAGCCAAGCGCGCAUUCUUCGGAAAGACCACCAACGCUGGCCAGAUCUGCAUUUGUCCAGACUACGUCAUCCUGCCCCGCUCCGCUAAGGACGAGUUCGUGGCGGGUCUCCAAGACGCGUAUGACACAUUCUAUCCAGAGGGCGCGCUCAAGUCGGAGAGCUUCGGCAGCAUCGUAUCGAAACUCCACUAUGACAGGCUGCUGGACCUCCAGAAGCGCACGCGGGCAAAGGCUGUCAUUGGAGGGAAGACGGAUGGGCGCAACAGAAUCGAACCGACGGUAUAUGUCGAUGUAGAGGAUGAUGAUUCUCUGAUGGAGGGGGAGAUUUUUGGCCCUUUGUUCCCGAUCGUUCUUGUUGAUGAUAUCAAUGAGGGUAUCGAGCUGAUCAACAAACGGCCACAUCCUCUUGUGCUCUACGCAUUCACAAACGACCCUAAAGUAAAGCAAGCGCUCAUCGACAGGACGCGCAGCGGAACGCUCAUCUUCAACGACACCAUACAACAGCUCUCUGUGAACGAGAUACCAUUCACAGGCAUCGGAGAAUCUGGCCAAGGAUAUCAAAUCUUGAAAUACACCUACGAUGGCUUCACGCACUUGCGAGCCUCGAUCGACAUCCCUGCGGAAUCGGAGCCUAUCCUCUCGCCGCGUUACGCCCCGUACACUCCAGAAAACAUCAAACUCCUGACCGAUGCCACGCUGAACCAGCCCAUCCCAAAAAGCGUCUACCCCAAGGCCGAGCAGAACGGCAAGGCCCGUUAUUAG